AUGUUUUCUCUACCUCUAAUAGCUGCCGCACUCCUUCCCUUUGCUCUCGCUGCUCCCCACCCGGAUGCAGGUGUUAUUCAUGUCCCAAUCGUCAGACGUAGUCAAACAAAUAGAGUCGCAAACUUACCGAAAGCCGUCGAAGCAUUACAGGCAAAAUAUGGUUUUCGGCCAACAAGUGCCACAUAUUCCAAGCGUGCAAACACCGCUGCAGUCCCAAUCACUGAUGAGGAUAACGAUUCCAGUUAUUCGAGUGUCGUGAGCAUUGGGACUCCGCCCCAGAAUUUUGAUCUUGUUCUCGACACUGGUUCUUCAGACCUUUGGGUUGCGACAUCCUCAUGUUCCGCUUGCGCAUCAUAUGAGUUUACUACCUCAAAAUCCUCGACAUUCCAGUCGUCAGGCACUCCACUGCAGAUUAAUUAUGGCUCAGGAUCAGUCAAAGGGUCUGUCGCCGAAGACACUGUCACCUUCGGUGGCUUCACUAUCACUCAACAAGAACUACUGGCUGUUUCUUCAACUACAUCUGGUUUGAUCGAUGGCGAACUCUCAGGUAUCAUGGGUCUUGGAUUCAACACCAUUUCUGCCCUCAAUGCCACCCCGUUUUGGCAAGCUCUCUAUAAUGCCAACCAGCUCUCAGAACCCUUGUUCUCUUUCUACCUUGCACGCUAUAUCGACGCAUCCACCAUGAGCAGUGCCCCUGGUGGUGUCCUCACUCUUGGUGGAACAAACUCGAGCUUGUACCAGGGCUCCAUUGAGUACUUGGACCUAACCGGUCCGGCAUCGUAUUGGUUGCUCAAUGUUAAUUCGCUCUCUGUGCAAGGCAACACGGUCAGUGUUGGAUCCAGUUCCCUUGCUGCCAUCGACACAGGCACUACCCUCAUCGCCGCACCCUCCACCGUUGCCGCAGAUAUUUGGGCCCAAGUUCCAGGCUCCGAAGCGCUUACGGGAGCAUACGCAGGCCUAUACGCAUUCCCUUGUACCACUGAUGUCACAGUCACCAUAUCUUUCGGCGGUUCUAGUUGGACGAUCAACCCUGCCGACAUGAACCUCGGUUCUAUCUCCGGUUCUAUCUCGGCUGCUACGACUCAGAUGUGCGCUGGUGGUAUCUUUGACAUUGGCACCAGCGUUGGCAGUGGCUCUAACGUUCCCACCUGGAUAAUUGGUGACACGUUCCUCAAGAAUGUGUACUCCGUUUUCCGUGCCAAUCCUGCUGCUGUCGGUUUUGCACAGCUUGCCAGUGGCUUGAGCUCUACAGCAACCGGCACCUCAAAUCCAAACCCUGCGAAGGUGACUAACUCAGCUACCUCGACCAGCAGCUCAGGCAACCCCCUCCUCGGCGCUGCAUCUUCUAAAUCAAAUAUCGCUGUCUCCCUCACUCUUCUUGCAUCUGUGGCAGCCUUCUUCACCAUAUUGCUCUAA